AUGAGGCAAAGAAGAACAAACUCGCCUGGUUCAACGGUCCAGUUAAACGAGAGGACAGAAAUCUUGAGACUGAAGCGAGAAAUUGGACUGACUAGUGCUGUGUCAUUAAUUGCUGGAACUAUGAUUGGCUCUGGUAUUUUUAUGUCCCCUGAGUGGGUACUGCGUAACAUAGGCAGCCCUGCAGGUAGUCUCAUUAUCUGGGCAGCCUGUGGCCUUCUGGCCACCUUUGGGGCCUUGUCAUAUGCUGAACUGGGAACUAUUAUUAAAGAGUCUGGAGGAGAAUAUAUCUACAUUCUGAGGAAUUUUGGCUCACUUCCUGCUUUUCUUUUUGCAUAUACCUCUGUCAUUGUGGUGAGGCCUGCCGGUGUGGCCGCUGUCUCCUUGAGCUUUGCUGAAUAUGCUGUGGCUCCCUUUUAUCCUGGAUGCUCUUCGCCACAGGUGGUGGUCAAAUGCACAGCUGCAGCCUGCAUCCUGCUUUUAAGUCUGGUCAACUGUCUCAGUGUGAGGCUGGCCACUUCUCUUAUGAACAUAUUUACAGUGGCCAAGCUAUUGGCGUUACUGGUCAUCGUGGUGGGAGGAGUGGUUCUACUUGCUAAUGGGCAAACUCAAAGUUUCCAGAAUGCCUUUCAAAAUACAAGAUCGGGGGCUGGGGCGAUUGGAAUUGCAUUUUAUCAGGGACUCUGGUCUUUUGAUGGAUGGAACAACCUGAAUUAUGUGACUGAGGAAAUUAAGAAGCCUGAAGUGAACCUGCCAAAGGCAAUGAUGAUUGCUAUUCCUCUGGUUACAUGCUUUUACCUGCUGGUAAAUGUGAGCUACUUUGCAGCCAUGAGUCCUGCUGAACUGCUGUCUUCAGGUGCUGUAGCAAUUACAUGGGGGAACAAAGUUCUGGGCAACUGGGUAUGGUUGAUCUCCUUGGCCGUGGCACUGUCUUCAUUUGGGUCAGCAAAUGGAACGUUCUUCAGUGGGGGCCGCAUGUGCUAUAUCGCAGCAAGGGAAGGCCAUAUGCCAGAUAUUCUAUCGAUGGCUCAUGUACAAUGUCUCACACCUUCCCCUGCUCUGAUAUUUACAUCUGUGGUGUCCUUAAUUAUGAUUAUACCCGGAAGUUUUAGUCAGAUAGUGAACCUUUUCAGUUUUACAGCUUGGCUUUUCUAUGGGACAACUAUUGCUGGUCUCCUGUAUUUAAAGAUCAAAAAACCAGAAUUGCCAAGUUCCUACAAAGUACCAAUCAUCAUUCCAAUACUUUUUUUGGUGGCAUCUAUCUACCUCGUGCUGGCACCCAUCAUAGAUCAGCCCCAGAUUGAGUUCCUGUAUGUCAUCCUAUUCAUUUUCAGCGGUAUCCUCUUUUAUUUCCCUUUGGUUCGUUAUAAGCUUCACCCCACAUUCUUAAGAAAAUUCACUUUGCAUCUGCAGUUGCUUCUGGAAGUUGCCCCAACUGAAAAGGACGUGAACUGAUUUAACGUUCACAUGAAUGCACUGAGAGCAAAAAUAUCCACUGCUGUCACGGAGACCAGCAAUUAUCUGUGCACUUCCCUACAUCUGAGCAGAACGAUAUCUUUGUCGGGACUAAAUCAGUAUAUCAGAAACUGAAAUUUGGUGCAAACAUUGGUAUUAAUUGAGGAAAAAGGAUAUUUAAUGGAUGU